ACUUCUGUUAUCUGUUUCUCGCUGCAAUUUUUAUAGGCCGAUAGGCGAUAACGAGAAAGUCGAGUCUCGAAGAGCUAAAAAAUUUCCUCUUCCGCUGUUCGUUACAAAUCUGGAAUUGACGUAAGCACAAUAUUGUUAAGAGCUCGAUUGUUCGUAUACAAAACGUUCAAUUAUUAUCAACCACAAUAAUAUUAUGCUGUACGUGCGACGACAGUCCACAGACGAAUUACGAAACAAUGAAAUGUCGUAUAGCAUCAUUAAAUAGCCAUUGGUUUUGAAUAAUUCGUAUUUUUUUUGUCUCCGACGGAGUUCGCGGAAAAUACUAUCCAAUUUCGUUUAUAAGGCCAGGAGAGACAACAGCACAAGACAUGGAUGUGGAUCACAGUGUGCAAAAUGAAUCUGUGUCGACAGUAGACGACACAACAACAAUAACGGAGCCCAAGACGGAAAAUGAACAAACAAUGUCUACCACAAAAGCAUUGGUCAUAUUAGUGGUCAUAUUCUCAUUGUUUAUACUAAUCUUAGGCUAUUUGUAUUACAGUUUCCCUCAGAUGACAGAGGAGGAAAAAAAAUACAUAAAAAUUCCACGUAAUACCACAGAUAUGCAAAACCUGGGUAGAGUCUUGGAAGAUUACAAGGAUACAAAUUACACUCAAGUGUUUAUGUCAAUUUUCUUCUGUUACAUAUUUUUGCAGACAUUUGCCAUACCUGGAUCAAUUUCAUUAUCAAUAUUAUGUGGAUUUUUAUACCCAUUUUUAUUAGCAUUAGCAAUUAUAUGUUUUUGUUCGGCAAUGGGCGCAUGUUUUUGUUAUUUAUUGUCAAUGACAAUCGGAAGGAGAUUAGCAUACAGAUACUUCCCAGACAGAAUCAAAUCAUAUGCAAAUUUGGUUAAGAAACACAACGACAAUAUGUUCUGUUAUAUGAUGUUCUUGCGAAUAACCCCAUUUUUGCCCAAUUGGUUCAUAAAUGUGUGUGCACCACUAGUCGAUGUUCCGUUAAUACCAUUUUGGUUGGGAACUUUUUUUGGAGUAGCAGUACCAUCUGUAUUGGUUGUACAAGCUGGACAAACUUUACAUCAGGUCGCAUCUGAAUCAACCUGGUCAUGGUCUUCCGUAUUACUCUUGGCAACUUUUGCUGCCCUGUCAUUACUACCUGUACUAUUCAAGGCAAAAUUAAGAGACAAAUUUGACUGAAAAAAUGUUGUUGACUGCCAUAUUGAAGGACAUUCCAUUAGUGUAGUCUAGAUUCCCUACCCAUAUAUGCCUCUUCCUUAUGUCACAAUGUCUCAUAAAUUAUUACAUUUAUAAUAUAUUUAAACGUCAUAAAAUAAUUUAUAGCAAAUAAAAAUUGUUUUGUUA